AUGAUAAAAUCAAAUGGAUUAAUAUUUACUUUAAAUUAUUUUCAAACAAAUCAAACUUGUCAAUUAUUUUAUUAUACCAACAAUUCAAUUAUAAUUGAAUUUUAUUCAAAUUCAACAUUUAUCUUUAUUAAUCAAUCAAAAUUAUCAAUAAUAACGGUUCAAUCAAAUAAAUUAACUACGUUAUCAGAAACAUCAACAUCAUCGUCAAGAUCAACAUCAUUGCCAACAUCAAGAACUAGUCCUGCUACAAUAACAGGAUCGAAUUGCACAAUAAACUUAACUAAUGCAAUAACAUUACUUAGUUUAGUAAAUGUUGUUAGUAGUGGAAUUUACAUUCAAUAUUCUUAUAGUUAUACUGCUCUUACUAAUUUAACACGUCUUACAUUUUCAUUUCGUAUGGAUUCAGCAAGUUGGUUCCUUGACACUGUAUCUGCUAUACAAAUGGGAUCAAGUACAGAACUGAUAAACAAUGGAGCCUUUUCUUUAGGUGAUACCACCAAUUGGCUUUUAUGUAAUCCAUAUAAUGCGACCAAUAUAGGGUUUAUUAAAAACGAUCCACCUAAUCCACAAUCAGGAACUUAUUAUUGGUAUGAUGGAUCGACGGGCGCUGCAGACUUUUUGUAUACUGAUUUUUCUACUAUUAAAGGUUCCCAUUAUACAAUUAGUUUUUAUCUUAAAAGUAAUGGUGGAAUGCCAAACAGUGCUCGCGUCUAUAUUGGAUCAUAA